UCAUCUCUUUCUUCAAUAAACCUCAGGUGGACUAUGUCCUAAGUUGCUUGUUUCCUUUACCUGAGUACAGCAGCAGCCUAAAAUAACUGGCUGAGAUGUUAUUUCUACCACUGUAAAUGUCUUAAGAUAAACAAGAUGUACGACACCUCUUGGGGUAGGUUCAGUUGCCCAAAGAGGUGUCUUAGUGCAGCGUGGGACUCUUCAGAGUAUCUGAGCCUUUCAUGGGUGGCUGUACAGACAGCUAUACCUUUCUGGAGCAGCGGUCUGAGGCUAGGUAGUGCUCCCUGGGCAUUUAAAAUGGCAUUAGGUGCUAUUUUAAGCCACUGACUACAGCCUUUAAAGCCUAGAAUUGAGCUCUGAAGGCAAAGGAGUGGGAUUCAUUCAUAUUACUUGGACAUUUCAGAAUUCAGUCUCUCUCAUUUUAUGCUUUUCUUAUUGACCAUAAAGGCAAACUGAGAUGACUUUUAGAUAUUUAUAUCUAUGGUAUAGAUAUCUGAAAUAAAAUAAGAUUAAUCAGUGCCUAGAAAAGAGACCAUCACACCAACACUGGAACUCAUCUUACUGACUUAAGCAUGAAAGUAUUAGUUGUCCAGAUCCCUGCCAGCCUCUCUCUACAAAGGAAGGAGAAAGAUGUGCCUGUAGAGAAUGGUUCUUCCAGUCCUAAAAAGGAGUUCAGAUUUUGUGGGAUGAGCUACCUCUGCCCUCUCCAGUAGUGACAAGGAGAAUGCAGGUGUCUAGCUUAGACUGAGAUGUCCAUUUUUAGACAUAAAGUGGAAAGAAUCCUUUCCUGAUGGAUGUUUGAGUCUGAAAACUCCAACGUAAGCAUUGUAACUCUUUUUCUCUGCAAGGAUUCAUGACCUGACAUCACUAUAUAAGAGACAAUCUAAAUCAUGCAUUGCUUUCUUGACCUUAGGUAUUUCAGAAGAUGGUCUGCAAACAGUCCUAAAUUCUGAUCCAGCUACACACACUUCCAAAGCUUACAAAUGACAAGAGCUAGGGACUUUUUUAGUGCACACAAGAAGUCAAAGCCAGUCUUGAGAUUUGGUUCCAGAGCUAAGUUUUCUCAAUGUUUGAUGCGGAGGCAUCUGAAGGUAGAAUUCCUAUCUACAAAUUUCAUUUAGGGCCACGUCUCCUAAUAAAAAGUGCAGUUCAAAUCAAGGAAGGAAGAAAAAAAAAAAACCAGCAAUUAUAAGAAUAGAAGGACCAAGAAAGAAAAGCUGGGAAUAUCCAAGAAGCUUUACUUUAACAAGAAGCUCAUAAUUUAUCUUGCUUAUUAAAAUUCUGAUAACUGGAACCUUCAUUGUUAUUGUUUUCCAGGAUUUUCACUAUAAAAAAAUGGGCGUUUCCUCCUUUCCUCAUUUUAAGUUUCAAAACCAAAAACAGAUCCUUGAGGAACACAAUGAAAUACGGAGAUCUGUAGUUCCCACAGCCAGGAACAUGCUGAAGAUGGUGUGGAGUGAGGAAGCUGCCAAAAAUGCUCAGAAAUGGGCAAAUAAGUGUGGGAUGAAAAUCAGUCCAAGAGAUCAGAGGGUCAUUAAUGGUGUCACCUGUGGUGAGAAUGUAUUACUAUCAUCUUACCCAAAAACAUGGGCUGAAGCAAUUAAAGUCUGGUACAGUCAGUCCUCCAAUUUCAAGUAUGGAUUUGGAGCCACCGCGAAAAAUGUCAAUAUCGAGAACUAUACUCAGCUAAUCUGGUACAACAGUUACCAGAUUGGAUGUGCAGUUGCCUACUGUAGUAAGAACCAGUUCAACUACUUUUAUGUUUGCCAAUACUGUCCUGCAGGAAAUAAUGCAAUGCAAAUAGCUACACCUUACAAAAGCGGACCAAAAUGUGCAGACUGUCCUGGCCACUGUGACAGAGGGCUUUGCACCAAUCCUUGCAAGUAUCAAGACGUCUUUGGAAACUGCAGAAAUCUGAAAACGUUGUUUAGCUGUAACAAUUCAUUUGUGAAGGAGAAGUGUCCUGCUACCUGUAGAUGCACCACUAAAAUCAUAUAAUGUCCUGGUGGAUGUCAUUAUAGCUGCUGUGAGACUUAAUUAUUAGGAAAGAAUAGAACUCGCUGUGAAGUGUAUUCACUCUCAGUGCAUCAGUUCGGAUUGACCUAUAGGUAACAUCCUUUUCUGAAAUCUCACUAUUACUUCAGUCCUAAAUAAGUCUAGUAGCUCAAAAUAACCUCUGAUGUUAUUUUAGACUUUGUAGAAAUCAUCCUUAAGCUACUAAGGUGAUACUUUGUGGUUUUCCUUGCAGUGGAUCUUCCACUGAUUCAUUUCUUUUUAAUGGGAAACACACUUUUAAAACACUUCUUUUUUUUUGCAAAAUAUGUUAAAUGCCACUUAACUUUCUUCUGUUACCUUUGAUUAUCAAUGGAAUGUAUUCCUGCUAAAUAAAUACAUGAUUUACCACCCGUUCACAAACAGAGCUUUUCAUUGAAGUUACUUAUAACUCAAUUUUUUCAUUUGGAAAAUUCCUUACGGAUAUUGCAAGGCUCUCUGAUACUUUAUGUGAGUGGGGAUGAGACAGGAAAAGAAAGACAAAGUAAAAAGUGAUGCAUUUUUUUGUAUGGCCAAAAUAAGAGGCACAAGUUGAAUCUGCCAAUUUUACUCUGUGGCCUAAAGACAAAGCUUCAGAUACAUCUGUGUAUGCUGGUGAUAAAUGAUAAUUUUUGUCAUAUGGCACCAACGGUUGAGAAAUAUGAAGCUUUUUAAAAGCAUUCAUACAAAGGAAGAGGUAUAUAUACCCCUUCCCAUCCUCUCUAU